AAAAUAGAGAGAAAAAUCUGAUUAGUAAAUAAUAAAAUAAAAAACGAAACGCGUGGCGGGGAAACUACGGCUCGAUUAGCAGCGUCUCAGGCGUUUCCUCUGCUUCGACAAAACGCGCAAGUAUAUAGAUGCAGACGACGUUGUGAUCUUUGGAAUUACGAAAUCGAAUCAAGUCUUAAUCUUUCUUUCUGGGCAAUUGCUUGAAGACCGUCGCAGUAUCGAAUUCGGAGAAGAAAAAAAAAUUGUUUGGUUACCCUUUGCUCUGAAAACCAAAGUGUGAAAAAAGAUGGGAGAUGAUCAACGUAAUGAUCACAAUGACAAAGGACUCUUCCACCACUUAGCAGGAUUUGCAGGCGGACAUUACCCACCUCAUCAUGGUCACGGUUAUGGUCAUCAUGGUCAUGGUUAUGGAGCUCCUUAUUCAUACCCGCCUCCUCCUCCUCCUCCUCCUUCUUAUGGCUAUCCACCAGUUGCUUAUCCUCCACACGGUGGUUACCCUCCUGCUGGUUAUCCUCCUCACGGCUAUCCCCAUCCAUCUCACUCUGGACAUCACCACGGAGGUCUAGGAGCUAUAAUAGCUGGUGGAGUGGCUGCAGCAGCUGGUGCUCACCAUAUGUCUCACCAUGGACACUAUGGUCACCACCACGGUCACGGCUAUGGCUACGGGUAUCAUGGUCACGGUAAGUUCAAACACGGCAAGUUCAAGCACGGAAAAUUCGGAAAACGCUGGAAACAUGGCAUGUUUGGGAAGCACAAGGGCAAAUUCUUCAAGAAAUGGAAGUGAUCUCUUUCCAAAAGAUUGAUCCAACUUCAAAGACAUUAUCAUUACAUAGUAAUAAAUAUAUUAACAAGUCUGUAAAAUUACAUAUGUAGUAGUUAUACCGAGCCUAGCUAGAGGUUAGAAAGUUGUGAUCUUUCUUUCAUUCUGGGUUUUGGUUUUAUGAAGCUUUUUAUUUUUGUUUUUACUUUGGCAUGUAUAAAGGUUUCUCCUUUUCGUACAUAGUUGGAAACUGAGAUCCACUUGUUUGAAAACGAUCGAGUCUUUAGUAUUGAUGUGGAAUCGUCAAUAAGCUUCUUGCCUUUUUUUCUGGAGUUGAAGUGUAUAUGAUUAAGACUUGUUUAGUGAAA